AUGGACCUGGAAGGGAAUGAUAGGGUAAUUCCCUCUGAUUCACUGUUUAGGAAGGCCAGAUAUGGUGAAGAUACUAUUAUUGCGAAUUUUGACACUGAAAUUUAUUUUAAGGAAACAAAUUCAUGUCAUUUUAUUAAGGAUAUCAACAUACAUUUUGAGGAAGACUAUAACAAGUUUUAUGAAGGCUUCUCUAAGAACUUGAAAUUUGGUAUUCAUGAGGAUUCUCAGAACAAGACAAAGCUAGCUAAAUUGCUCAAGUAUGACUUGAGUAAGAGUGGUGAUGAGAUGACCAGCCUCAAGGACUAUGUUACGAGGAUGAAGGAAGGACAAAAUGACAUCUACUACAUUACUGGUGAAAGCAAGAAAGCUGUCGAGAAUUCCCCCUUCCUUGAAAAGCUUAGGAAGAAGGGGUACGAGGUUCUCUACAUGGUUGAUGCUAUUGAUGAGUACGCUGUUGGUCAACUUAAGGAAUUUAAGGGAAAGAAGUUGGUCUCUGCUACCAAGGAAGGCCUAAAACAGGUAGUAAUUCGUAUGCACCUAUAA